AUGGGUUCACCAAAAACACACCCUAAAGGGUUAAACCUGAAGAAGACCACUUCAGUCAUUCUGAUUCUGAUUCUCAUCAUCUCUCUCACACUGCUGUUUCCUUCUAAUUCAGAUGGGUCAGAUUCUGCAGAAGAUAUAAAGCAGAAGAAACUGGCAUUAGGGUCAAGGCCUCCUGGGUGUUUCAACAAGUGCUUUGGAUGCAAUCCUUGCAGGGCCACUUUGGUAAUCUCCUCACGCCAUAAAUCAGACAUGGCACCAUCAGUUCGUCAGAAGGAUCAUGAGGGAUAUUAUCUUCUGUCAUGGAAAUGCAAAUGCGGUAACAAGCUCUUUGAACCUUGA